AUGGACGCCGCCAGGCUCGCCGCGGCGGAGGCGAAGGGGGCAUCCGAAGGGGGGAUCUUAUCGGACGCGGCGGCGGCGCGGAGAACGAAACGCGUCGUGCUCAUCUCCGGGUUUGAGUCCUUCAACGUGGGGUUGUACAAAAAGGCGGCGAAGAAGGUCGCGAAGCGGUGCCCGGGCGUCGAGCUCGUCGUCUUCAGCGACCGCGAUAUCGAGUCCAAGCGCGAGGACGUCGCCGCCGCGCUCGAGGGCGCGGACGUGUUCUUCGGGUCUCUGCUCUUCGACUUCGAUCAGGUGGAGUGGCUGAGACGCGCGAUCGAGAAAAUUCCGACGCGAUUCGUCUUCGAGAGCGCGUUGGAGCUCAUGUCUGAGACGUCCGUCGGGUCGUUCGAGAUGAAGCCCGCGCCGGACGGGCAAAAGGCGGGCCCGCCGCCCGCGGUGAAGGCGAUUCUGUCCAAGUUUGGCAGCGGCAAGGAGGAGGAUAAGCUCGUGGGGUACCUGUCGUUCCUGAAGAUUGGUCCGGCGUUGCUUCGAUUCGUUCCCGGGAGAAAGGCGAAAGAUUUACGGAACUGGCUCACGGUCUACGGGUACUGGAACCAAGGCGGCGUCGAGAACGUAGAAGAAGCGUUCGUGUACGUCGCGAAACAGUACCUCGCGGACACGCCGCCGUUCGGGUGUUACCACCCCGACCUCGAGCGCGCGGACGCGCCUUGGCCGACGUCCGUGACGGAGUACCUCGAGUGGUACGAUAAAACGCCCGCGGGCGCGGCGUUACCUCCCGACGCCCCCUCCGUCGCGAUUCUCCUCUACCGCAAGCACGUCAUCACGAAACAGCCGUACCUCGCCGGCCUCGUCGAGGCGAUGCAAGAGAAGGGCGUGCGUCCGAUUCCGAUGUUCAUCAACGGCGUCGAGGCGCACACGAUCGUGCGCGACCUCCUGACGAGCGACAGCGAGCAGGCCGCGCGCGCGGCCGGCGUCCUCGCGAUCGACUCGCUGCGUCCGGACGCGACGAGGGUAGACGCGGUCGUGAGCACCGUGGGCUUCCCCCUCGUCGGCGGCCCCGCGGGAAGCAUGGAGGCGGGGAGGCAAGCGGAGGUGGCGCAGAGCAUCCUGCGCGCGAAGAAUGUCCCGUACAUCGUCGCCGCGCCUCUGUUGAUUCAGGACAUCGCGUCGUGGGAGCGAAGCGGCGUGGGGGGGCUGCAGUCUGUGAUUUUGUACGCGCUUCCCGAGCUCGACGGCGCUGUCGACACCGUGCCGCUCGGCGGGCUGGUCGGCGACGACAUCUUCCUCGCGAAAGAGCGCACGUACGCGCUCGCGGACAGGCUGAAGCGCUGGGUCUCGCUGCGCAAGAAACCACCGUCGCGGCGGAAAGUCGCGGUGAUGCUGUACGGGUUCCCACCCGGCGUCGGCGCGACGGGCACCGCGGCGCUGUUGAACGUUCCCAAGGCGCGUUCUAUACACUGCCUCGAGGCGGCGUUGGCGUCGAUGCGCGAUCGAGGGUACGACCUCGGGAUCAGGGACGGCGACGCGAUCCCGUCCGGGGAGGCGAUCGUCGACGUGCUGCGGCUGCUCGAGGACGGCGCGGUGAUCGCCGGCGGCUGGGGCCCGAUGCCGUACCUCCCCUCGCACGACGUCCUCGUCCGAAAGAUGGAGCGCGCGUGGGGCCCGCUGGAGUCGUACGCGGGUCUGUGCACCACCCCCGGAGGAAAAGGGUCGUUCGUCGCGGGGGCGCGCGUGGGAAACGUCUUCGUCGGCGUCCAACCCGCGUUGGGCGUCGAAGGCGACCCGAUGCGCCUCUUGUUCGAGCGCGACCUCACCCCGCACCCGCAGUACGCCGCGUAUUACAAGUGGCUUCAGAGCGCGGCCGAAGACGGCGGGUACGGCGCGGACGCGGUCGUGCACAUGGGCAUGCACGGGACGGUGGAGUGGCUUCCGGGGACGCCGCUGGGGAACACCGGUCUGUCGUGGUCCGACGCGUUGCUCGGAUCGAUGCCGAACGUGUACGUGUACGCGGCGAAUAACCCGUCGGAGAGCAUCGUCGCGAAGCGACGGGGGUACGGCACGAUCGUGUCGCACAACGUUCCGCCGUACGGCCGAGCCGGGUUGUAUCGGCAGACGGCGGAGUUGCGCGAGCUGCUGAGCGACUACCGCGAGGAUCCGGAGACGAACGCGGACGCGUUGCGAGGACCCAUCUUCGAUCUCGUGACGUCCGCGGGUCUCGACGCGGACUGCCCGUACGUCGACGCGGCGACCGGGGAGCGCGCGCGCGUGACGUCCGAGUCGCUCGAGAAGGGCGAUGUAACGGUCACGAACGAGGCGUUUUCGGAGUACGCUUCGGAGCUGUACGCGUACCUCGGCGUCCUCGAGAACAGGCUCUUCAGCGAGGGGUUGCACGUCCUCGGCGCGGCGCCGACUCGCGAGACUUCCGCGGCGUAUUUGGAGGCGUACUUUGGCGAGAGGCUCUCCGCGGAGGCGGUCGACGCCGUCGCGGGGAUGGGGGAGAGCGACGGCGUGGACGACGAGGCGGUCGAGAUCCGAUCGCUGCUUCGUCGCAACGUCGAGGAACUCUCCGGGAUGCUCACCGUCCUGAACGGCGAGUACCUCCCCCCCGCGGUCGGCGGCGACCUCCUUCGCGACGGCCCCGGGGUGUUACCCACCGGACGUAACAUCCACGCGCUCGACCCGUACCGGAUGCCGUCGCCCGCGGCGACGGACCGCGGCGCGCGCGUCGCGGCCGCGAUCCUCGAGCAGCACGCGGCGGCGAACGCCGGCGCGUUCCCGGAGACGGUGUCCGUGAACCUUUGGGGGCUCGACGCGAUCAAGACGAAGGGGGAGUCGGUCGCCAUCGUCCUCGCGCUCGUCGGCGCGCGCGUCGUGAAAGAGGGCACCGGAAGAGUCGUGCGCUACGAGCUCGUCCCGCUCUCGGAGAUGCCCGGAGGGCGGCCGCGCGUGGACGUGCUGUGUAACAUGUCGGGCAUCUUCCGCGACUCGUUCGCGAACGUCGUCGCGCUGCUGGACGACUUGUUCCAGCGCGCGGCGGACGCGCCGGAGGAGAGCGCGGAACAGAAUUUCAUAAAGAAGCACGCGACGGAGAUGCGAAGCGAGGGAGUGGAAAACGCGGGCGCGCGUCUGUUCAGCAACCCCCCGGGGGAUUACGGCUCGAUGGUGAACGAGCGCGUCGGCACGGGCGAGUGGGAGGACGGGAGAGAGCUGGGAGACACGUGGGCGGCGAGGAACGCGUUCUCGUACGGAAAAGGCGACGAGAAGGGCGCCGCGCGACCGGAGGUGCUCCAGGCGCUUCUGAGGUCGACGGAACGCGUCGUCCAGGAGAUCGACAGCGUGGAGUACGGCUUGACGGACAUUCAGGAGUACUACGCGAACACCGGCGCGCUCGUCGCGGCGGCGAACGCCGCGAAAGAGGGCCUUCCGGAGGAGACGACGGACGCGAACGGUCGGAAGCGGUUUCCUCGGAAGAAGGUGGCGUGCUCCGUCGUCGAAACCUUCGGCGAGGACGUCGCCCCGCGCGACCUCGAGGAGACGCUCCGGCUCGAGUACCGAACGAAGCUUCUGAACCCGCGCUGGGCGGACGCGAUGGCGGACCAGGGCUCCGGCGGCGCGUACGAGAUAUCGCAGCGGAUGACCGCGCUCGUGGGCUGGGGCGCCACGAGCGGGUUCGCGGAGGACUGGGUCUUCGACGGCGCCAACGAGCGGUACGUGCGCGACGAGGCGAUGCGCGAGAAGCUUCGAAAGGCGAACCCGCAGGCGUUUCGGAACGUGCUGCGGCGGAUGCUGGAGGCGGCGGGACGGGGGAUGUGGAACGCGGACGAGGAGACGCUCGCGGAACUGAAACAGUUGUACGCGGAGGCGGACGACGAGCUCGAAGGCGUCAAGACGCAAGCCUAG